AUGGGGAUUUGUGAUGCAGUUGCUGUAGCCAAAAUACUCAAUGCCACUCUUGUAAUUCCAUAUCUUGAAGUGAAUCCCGUUUGGAAAGACACAAGUUCUUUCGAGGAUAUUUUUGAUGUGGAUCACUUUAUGAAUGUAUUAAAGAAUGAUAUAUCAAUAGUUAGGGAAUUGCCCGAUGAAUACACAUGGAGCACAAGGGAAUAUUACGCUUCUGCCAUUAGAUCCACUCGAGUUAAAAACGCACCCCUUCACGCUUCUGCAAAUUGGUAUCUUGAAAACGUGUCUCCAGUGUUAGAAAGCUAUGGAAUUGCUGCAAUUUCCCCGUUUUCCCAUCGGCUAGCUUUCAACAACAUGUCCAUUGACAUCCAACGGUUGAGAUGCAAAGUCAACUUUCAAGCAUUGACUUUUGUUCCUCACGUUAGAAAUCUUGGAGAUACGCUAGUUAAUCGACUUCGGUAUCCUAACCACCUUCAACAAGUAGUCGAGACAAAGGGCAAAAAAGGAAUAGGAAAGUUCGUUGCUUUACACCUUCGGUUUGACAAGGAUAUGGCGGCCCACUCUGCGUGUGACUUUGGCGGAGGAAAGGCGGAGAAGGUGGCUCUGGCUAGAUACCGUAAGGCGAUUUGGCAAGGACGUGUGUUGAAUUCUCGAUUUACAGAUGAAGAAUUGAGGAAUCAAGGUCGUUGCCCUUUGACACCUGAAGAAAUUGGUUUGUUGUUGGUGGCUUUAGGGUUCGUUAACAAUACGCGCUUAUACCUAGCUUCCCACAAGGUAUAUGGCGGUGAAGGGCGGAUCUCCGCCUUACGGAAGCUAUUUCCACAAAUCGAAGACAAAAAGAGCCUCGCCACGUCAGCAGAAAGGGCACAAAUUACAGGGAAAGCUUCUUUAUCGGCUGCGGUUGAUUACUAUGUCAGCAUGCAUAGUGACAUUUUUGUUUCGGCUUCUCCUGGAAAUAUGCACAAUGCAAUGGUGGGACAUCGUGCAUACCUGAAUUUGAAGACGAUAAGGCCAAAUAUGGUAUUAUUGGGGCAGAUUUUCAUGAAUAAGAGCAUGAGUUGGGUGGAUUUUCAAGAAGCAGUGGUGGAAGGACAAAAAAAUAGGUUUGGGGAGAUUAAGGUAAGGAAAGAGAAACAGUCGAUUUACACGUAUCCUGUUCCUGAUUGUGUGUGUAUCAACAAGGUUGAAAAUGAUGAGUGACAUCAUCUUUUCAUUUGUGUUGUGUAGUUUGUAAUGACUGAAAUAAGUUGGUGGUUGUUGUUUGAUGUGAUUGUGAAGUAUGUUGUAGUUGUAGAAAGUAGUGUCAAGUGUGUCAUGUUGUUGUAGGUAUUAUUACAAGGAUGGAUGAUAAUAUAUAUGGUUAUAAUGAGUAGUG